GUCAUGGCGACAACUGGUUCCUGUCACCACCACUGUAAAUAAAUCGGAACCAUUUCACACCAAACCUCACUGAAAUUUCGGUGGAGUUCCCCUUUAAACAGUGCAUAACAGCGCCCCAAGAGGCUGCCCUUCACACAGGCGCGACCGUUGUUGCGCAUGCGCACGACGCCAUUUCGUGUACUCGCCUGUAGAAAGCCUUCCGAGUGAGCCGAGCCGGAGUUCAGCACCAAACACAGCACAGCGCCGGUUUUAGUCAUUUUUAGUCUUAAGCUCCUGAAUCAGGCAGACAGACGACUCGACCCUGAAUUACAGACAGAAUGGAUUGCUCGCCCACCACCUGCAGCCUAAUGGCGAGUAACGUGACCAACAAGACGGACCCGCACUCCCUCAACUCGCGCGUGUUCAUCGGCAACCUGAACACCCUGCUGGUGACCAAGGCCGACGUGGAGGCCAUCUUCAGCAAGUACGGCAAGAUUGUGGGCUGCUCUGUGCACAAGGGCUACGCCUUCGUCCAGUACUCCAAUGAGAGGAAUGCGCGAGCCGCUGUGGUGGGGGAGGAUGGAAGGAUGAUCGUUGGGCAGGUGCUGGACAUUAACCUGGCAGGAGAACCUAAACCUCACAGAUCGAAAACCAUCAAGCGUUCAGCAGGAGAUAUGUACAGUUCUUCAUUUGAUCUGGACUACGACUUUCAUAGAGAUUAUUAUGACCGGGUGUACUCGUACCCGUCACGGGUGCCCCCUCCCCCUCCCCCCCUGUCCCGGGCAGUAAUCCCCUCGAAGCGGCCGCGGGUCAGCGUGAGCGGAGGCAGUCGUCGGACCAAGAGCAGCUUCUCCACAAAGAGCAGUCAGCGCACCUCCCGCACCAUGAGAGCCGAUGACCUGCAGACCAUUAAGAAGGAGCUGACCCAAAUCAAACACAAAGUGGACUACCUGCUGGAGAGCCUGGAGCGGAUGGAAAGGGAACACAGCAAGAAAUCAGACAUGAAGAGCAUUAAAGCAGAAGAGACGUCCCCUCAGCACCCCAGCGCGAAGAAGGAGCGAGAGAAAGUGGAAAUGAACGACUACGAGGAAGAGGGUGAUCUGGAGGAAGAGGAGAUCAAUAGUCGGGGUCGGGAGGAAGACGAGGAGGAAGACGAAGGGGAGCAGGAGGAGGGCGAGGAUGACGGCGACAGCGCUAACGGAGAUCACUCUUAAACAAGUUCCCUCACUCUCACACACACAGACUUCACACUGAACGCUGCAUGAAUACAGUCAAACCCAGAUUCCUCUGUUUAAUCACACGAGCAGGUGUUAAACAAGGACGCGUCAUUUCUUUUUCUACCACUUUCCUGCUCUUUCUUCCUCCACUUCCACUUUUGUGAGCGCACAAAUUCAUGAUUCCAUUUUCUCCACUCGUCUGUUGUUCAUUUUCUGUUUUUCCAUCAUUAAAGAUGCUCUUGCGGUUAUUUACUGCUGCACUACCAGUAGGUGUCACUGUAACUCACUGUUUCAGUCAGAAAGAUCAACGGGAUUUGAUUCUGAGCUGGUAUUACAGUAAGAUUGAUUGGCACAUCAGCCAUCAAAAGGAAACACAUAAAGGAGUUUAGCUUGUACAGAAUAUACUUUUAAUUUUGGUUUAUAGUUGUGAAUAUAGUGACUUUAAAGUGGAGCUCAAGUGUCCGAGCAGCGUAAUUCAUAUAUGUUGCUGUUUGUUUCUUUGUUUCUGUUUCCGUUUCUGGUCCGUGUAAUAAAUUUCAAUAAAACUCUAGAUGUUUUGGAGCGUU